AUGAUUAUUCGUUUUAAGAUGAGGCUGAAAAUUAUAUUAUUGGCCAUUUCCUUAUUAUGCAUUAGAAAUGCUUCUAGUGACGCAAAAUCCUCUGGCAGAAUUGAAGGUCCAAUCAUCGGUAUCGACUUGGGUACAACGUUUAGUUGCGUGGGUGUUUAUAAGAAUGGUCGUGUAGAGAUCAUCGCAGAUGAGAACGGAGACAGAAUUACUCCUUCAUACGUUUCCUUUGUAGAUGGCCACCAUAAAAUCGGUAUGGCCGCCAAAAAUGAGGCAACAGUACACGCUGAAAAAACAGUGUUUGACGUGAAGCGUCUCAUCGGACGUGAGUAUCACGACCCCGACGUGCAAAACGAUAUGAAAAACCUACCAUACACGAUCAUCAACAAGAACAACAGACCUUACGUGCGAGUCAAAGACACAAACGUGAAGGAGUACGCACCUGAGGAGAUCAGCGCAAUGGUGUUGACCAGGAUGAAGUCGCUGGCAGAAGCGUACCUGGGAAAGGAAGUUAAAAAGGCAAUCAUCACAGUGCCAGCGUACUUCAACGACUCGCAGCGCCAGUCGACGAAGGACGCAGGAACAAUAGCAGGAUUGGAAGUCAUCAGGAUCAUCAACGAGCCUACGGCAGCAGCAAUAGCGUACGGAAUAGACAAGACGCAGGAGGAAAGCAACAUCCUGGUGUAUGACCUGGGAGGAGGCACGUUUGACGUGUCACUCUUGAGUCUGGACAGCGGAGUCUUCGAAGUCAUCGCGACGGGAGGAGACACGCACCUGGGAGGAGAGGACUUUGACAGGAGAGUCAUGGACCACUUCAUCAAAAUCUUCAAAACGAAGACUGGGCUUAACGUCAGAGAUGACAAGAGAGCACUGCAGAAGCUGAGGAAGGAAGUGGAAGCAGCGAAGAGGCAGCUCUCGACGAAGACGGAAGUGACAGUCGAGAUCGAGGACCUGCUGGAAGGAAAGGACUUUAGCGAAAGCCUGACGCGCGCAAAGUUCGAGGCACUGAACGAGGACCUGUUCGAGAAGACGAUGGACACAGUCAAGUCGGUCCUCAAGGAGGCGAGGAUGACGAAGAGCGACAUUAACCAGAUCGUGCUCGUGGGAGGCUCGACGAGGAUCCCCAAGGUCAGAGAAAUGAUCAGAGAGUACUUCAACAAGGACCCUGACGUCAGCAUUAACGCAGACGAGGCCGUGGCCUACGGAGCAGCAAUGCAGGGAGGCAUCCUGACGGGAGAGUCGUCACAAGACCUGCUGCUGCUGGACGUGUGCCCGCUCUCGCUCGGCAUAGAGACGGUGGGAGGAGUGAUGAGCAAGAUCAUAGAAAGAAACACCAUGAUCCCGGCAAACAAGUCGCAGAUCUUCAGCACAUACUCGGACAACCAGACAGUGGUGACGAUCAACGUGUUCCAGGGAGAACGCCCCUUGACAAAGGACAACGUGCCACUGGGAAAGUUCGACCUCACAGGCAUACCGCCAGCACCCAAGGGAGUGCCGCAAAUCGAAGUCACAUUCAACAUCGACACCAACGGAAUCCUCUCAGUCACCGCGCAGGAAAAGGGAAGCGGCAACACCAAAAACCUCGUGAUUGAGCCGAAGAGCGGAAGACUGAGCCAGGAGGAGAUAGAACGCAUGGUGAGGGACGCGGAGGAGAACGCGGAGAAGGACAAGAAGGUGGCCGACAAGAUCAUGUCUAAGCAGUCGCUGGAGAACUACAUCGACAGCAUGCGCCGCACGCUCAAGGAGGACACGGUCGCCUCAAAGCUCUCGAAGAGCGAGGUCAGCAAGCUGAAGGAGGAGCUGGACGACGCGAGCAACUGGCUGGGCUCGCACCAGGACGAGGAGGCCGAGGAGUACAAGGAGAGGCUCACGCAGCUGGAGAACGUCUGCAGCCCAGUCGUGUCGAAGCUGUACUCGCAGCAGCAGGAGCAGGAGCCUGAGGACUCCUACUCGGACGAGUUGUAG